AUGAAUUCCAAACUCAAGACUCACUCAGAAGAAUCCCGUCUGCUCACAGCACUGGAUCACGAACCUGACUCUUCUCUCGAGACCAUGACCUCCCUUCUGGGUUCAUUGCCCGCUCCAUCUACCUCUCGUCCUCAAGAACCUUCCCUUGCAAGCCACGCGGCUCUGAGCACAAAAAAAGAAAACACCGCACGGCGAUUCAAGGACAGCUUCACAACUCCCUUUCCUACCACAAAGAAUAUGGUCAACACGAAGAAGCUGAAGUCCCCUCGACCACUCCGUGAAUUCCAUCUCUUCACCAAGCUCCCACUCGAAAUUCGUCAGAUGAUAUGGAGAGAAACGCUCUCAUCCCCAAGACAACUACUUCUGAUGACUCACGUCCAUGGAAAACACAUGAAACCCAACAUCCGUUUGGGACCAUGUUCAGACUGGUUCAACGUGAUGGUUCCACCACCAACUGUUUACAAUGUCAAUCAUGACGGACGCGAUGAAGUCCUCGCCCACUACCGUCAAUUGUUAACUAGCUGCGGACCCAACGACCCACCAAGAAUUCAGAAAUCCGUUCUAUUUAACCCCAAGACCGACUCCAUGUAUCUUAGCUGGGAUGACUGUAUCAUCAACCCCCCACCAGCAUCUAUGUGUAGUGAACUAUUCUCUCCCUUGCCCCUGGAGCGCAGCAUGACUUUGGAAAAGUUGCGCGCAGCUGGUCUUGAAUCAGUUCAAACAUUGGUAUUGGGUCAGAAAGCCGAAAUGCAGGGCGACUCGACUGUAGACUUGAGCAGAUGUUACCCAAGACAUUUGGAGCUUUUCACCGGGCUGAAAGAACUGCGUCUGGCGAGAUCCGAGUUUGCGGCCGUGGGAGUGUCUAUGCGACAACUGAAUCAGUAUGCCGCUUCCACCUCGCGACAUUUCCAACACAUGAAGAAGUACAAUCCCAAGGUCAAGAUUCCGGUCAUUACGUUUUGGGAGAUGGAGGAGAACCCGGUAUGGAAAGAGAUGCAGAACAGACCAAAGCAAGAUAUCCCACGUCAUACAUCAUUAGGCGGCUGGAAUUCAGAGGCGAAGAAGAAGCAGCCUCUUCAAUUUCCAAUCCCGUUUGUUGAUAGGUUCACCUUUAUGCCCUUGGAUUAG